AUGGUCAGUCAUCCUUCCUGCCUGUCGUCUUGUCUCUUCGAGGCUGCUUGCCAACUAAUGCCCCAUCGCAUGUACCAGCUUCGCAAGUUCGGCAGAAGACGACAGGACCUCCCGUCGCAAGAUCUCGACGAGCCCGAGGAAAGAGGGCCUUCCAAAAACUCUGACGAAGGCCACCACGGCUUCGAUCGGCGGGCUUCGGAGUCCGCUGCCAUCACCUCGUUCCCGCCCUCCAGCACCUCUGCCGGCUUGCGACCGGGAAACCCCCGACACGCCUCCGCCCCGCAAGAGCCCACAUUGCCAGCUCGUCCCCGUAUCCCCAAGUGCGAUACUUCGCCUUCAAUCAACAAGUUAGGCUUGUCACUUGUACACAGCGCGCCACAACCUCUCGCGGACGUCAUUUUUGUUCAUGGGCUGGGAGGCACGUCGAGGACGACCUGGUCAUGGCAACACGAUCCGCAAUACUUCUGGCCAUCGUGGCUGGCCGACGACGCCGAGCUGUGCCGUACGAGGAUCUUCACCUUUGGGUACAAUGCUGACUUCAUCGGCCGAGACACGCCGUCUAAUAUCCUGGACUUUGCUCGCCAACUACUAUUCCAGUUGAAGACGUAUUCCGACGUCUGCGGCCUCGAGGACAUAGCGAUCGGAACAUAUCCUCUGAUCUUUGUGAUGCACUCAAUGGGCGGCCUCGUUGUGAAGAAGGCUCUUAUCCUUGGAAAGUCAGAUGAACUCUACCAGAAUACCAUUGCCCAGGUUCAUGCUAUGCUUUUCCUUGGUACGCCUCAUCGCGGUUCUAAUCAUGCAGAUUUUCUCAACAAUAUACUGCGCUCCAUCCCGAGCUUCUCGAGCAAGUUGUACGUGACAGAGAUGGAAACGGCGUCCACGUCGUUGCAAGACGUCAACGAACAGUUUCGCACUACUUGCGCCAAUCUCGAGAUAGUAUCGCUGUAUGAGAGCCACAAAACGAGCAUCGGCAUGGCGAUUAAAAAACUGAUUGUCGACAAAGAAUCCGCUGUCCUUGGCUAUCCAACUGAAAUAUCUAGUAGCCUGGACGCCGACCAUCACGGAAUGUGCAAGUUUAGCGGUCUGGAAGAUCCAAACUUUGAACAAGUGAGGAACGUGCUUCGAAUGUUUCUAAGAAAGUGUAGGCAUGAUGCUGAUGACGCUGAGCUUUCUGGGGAUCCCCUGCGAAUGGACUUUGUUCUGAAUUCAAAUACAAAAAAGCUGGAGAAGCUCUUCGGCAUUCAAGAUGAUCCAAAGGACGAUUACGAGACCGCACGAGAUCGUAUCAUGGAAGGUACCUGCCGCUGGAUCCUGCACCGCCACUCAUAUGGCAAUUGGAGGCAUGUCACUCAGAGCACAUCUCGAAUUCUGUGGCUCACCGGCUUGCCGGGCGCCGGGAAGUCGGUGUUAUCAAGCUUCAUCAUCCAUUCGCUUCAACGAGACCCUUCGAUCAAGAACUGCGUAUAUCACUUCUUCAAAUCAGACCAUCAGAGAAAGCGAAGGAUCAGCUACAUGCUCUGCAGUAUUGCAUUCCAGUUAUCCCUCUGCAACACAGCCGUCCAAGAAAGAUUGAUCGAGCUCGACGAUGCAGAUAGCAUUUUCUUCAGCGAUCAGAAGAUCAACAGCAUAUGGGAGACAGUCUUCGAGGGCAUACUAUUUCGCCAGACUUUUGACGGCCCAAUCUUUUGGAUCAUUGACGGUCUAGACGAAGCUGACCAUCCUGAACUACUCGCCAACCUCCUCAGAAAGUUGCCAUCGAACAACUUUUUUCGAAUCAUCAUCGUCAGCAGGCCAGUCAGGGAAAUUGCCAUGCAGUCUCCCCCGAACAUUGAGGUUGCCCAUGAUGAGAUCACAGAUGCUGACACUAGGGAUGACAUCCGAAACUACACGCAAGGCGUAAUCUCUACUACCCUACACAACGAUGCCAUUCGUGAAGACGUAAUCGACAUAAUCCUCACCAAGGCCCAAGGAGCAUUUCUCUGGGUGACCUUGGCCCUGGAUCAGCUAAAGGAUAACUGGCAUACUCGACACGACAUCGAUCAGAUUCUGAACGACUUGCCGGAGGGCAUGGAGUCUCUCUAUUCUGGAAUGCUUCAAACGGUCGCCCAACAGCCGGCCCGGCCUCGUGCCAUUGCCUCGAGGGUGCUGACAUGGGCAGUUUGCUCUUUCCAUCCGCUCACGAUUGCCGAGUUGAAUAUUGCCUUGGCUUCCGAGUUUGGCGAGUUCCUCAGCCUUGACAACACCAUCAGGCAAAUCUGCGGGAACUUCAUCGUGGUUGAGAAAACCCGCGUCAAACUCAUUCACGACACAGCCCGGCAGUUUUUAUUGCAUCAAAGUCCAGGGAAACCAAUGAACUUUGACCUGAAGGCCGGCCACGAGCUCAUUGCCGAGACCACCCUGAAAUUUCUUACUGAUCAGAAGAGGAACUGGAAGCGUACACUGGCACGAGCUCAGGUUGGCGCAACACCCACAACAAGAAUAGCGGGUAGCCUGGCCCUGUUCAACAACCACCCGUUUCUCUCUUACGCGGUAAAGUGGUGGGCUUACCAUGUAAGCCUCUCGGCAAUUCACUCUGACCUUGUCCAACUCGUCCAUGUUUUCCUCGAUCAGAUGUGCCUGGUAUGGAUCGAUGCUGUGGCCCUACUCGGGGACAUGAGGGUCUUGACACGCUCAGCCCGGAACUUGAAGCUCUUCGUCAAGCGAAAGAAUAAAAAGACGUCACACGAGUCACUCAGAAGUCUUUAUGGCUCCAGGGAUGAUGAGCUCAAACAAUGGGCCAAAGACUUGAUACGAAUCGUUGGUCGAUUCGGCGACACCCUUCUCGACAACCCCGCCUCUAUAUACAAGCACAUUGUUCCAUUCUGUCCGAUGGGCUCAAUAAUCCGCCAAACAUACGGAACCGCGAGCAGUUUUUCUGUGAUUGGUAUUUCCAGCGACGUGUGGGACGAUUGCCUCGCUCGUCUCACGAUGGGCACAGACGAGUUCCCGUCCACGGUCUUGUGCACAGGCGCUUUCUUUGUAACUUUGAUCGGAAAUGGCGUUUUGAUCGUCUGGCAUGCAGAGUCCUGUGAGACAAAGACAAGGCUGAAUCACGGCGAAUGGAUCUCCGUUGUCGAAGGUAGCAGGUCUUCGUCCCUUCUGGCUACAGCUGGUUUACGAUUCAUUCGAGUCUGGGACGUUUCCACGGGCGAGGAGACGCACUGCAUAGCCAAAGUAUCCGACCGAAGGAUCCUCGCCCUCUCGUUUGGAACCGGGGACGGGCAACUACUCAUUGGCUACGACGACUCGUCACUCCAGUGCAUAGACCUGACAACAUCCAAGGCAUCAUGGAAACAAAUUCUGGAAGAGCCAGGGGACUCGGAACAUGCCUGUCCCCAUCUGAUCUCUAUUAGCCCUAAUCACUAUCAGGUAAUUGUCGGGUACCGCGGCAAGCCCAUAUUCUCAUGGAACCUGGACGCCCUCGGUCAUGGGCCCCUCGUCUGUACCCGCCCAGAAGACCGAUCUGGAUUGGGGCAUGAUUCCUCGUCGUGGAAGGCGGGAACACCGGAACGGGUCGUGUGGCGGCCUGGACUGCCAGCGGCUUUUGUCCUCUAUAACGACACCGCGCUGUUUGAGUGGAACGUUGACCAAGACGCCCAACGCCCUAUCCCCGGCAUCCAUGCUAUUGAAAUGGCGCUUAGUUCCGACGGCAAUCUACUGUUGACGAGCGACCACAGCGGUACUCUCAAAGUCUGGACUGUCCCCGAAUUCCGGUUGGCGUACCAGCUCCAGGAGCCGGACAUGGUCCGGAGCCUUGCCUUCAGCCCCGACGGCCAGCGCUUCUAUGAUAUUCGAGGCCCUCUUUGCAACGUAUGGGGGCCUGAUGCCCUGGUCCGAGUCGACGAUUUAGAUCGGGAAGAGGCGUCUUGCUCGCAAGACACGCUCACCUCUGAGCCCGUCUCGGCCGCUCAUGGUGCAGAGCGUGCCCAAAUCACAGCCAUCGUCUGCGAUGGGGACGACCGGUUCUACUGCGGCGGGAAAGACAGCGGGGUGGUCGUCCUGUACGAGGCAUCUACAGGAAACAAGAUCCGCAAGCUCUCUAUGGACAUGCGGCUAUCGCUUCGUACAGUCUGGAACUUGAGGACUCGAGAGGAGGUAUGCCGGGCGGCGCCACCUGGCACAACCAACCAUCGAUGGCUGAAUGGCCCGGGCGCGAUGGACCAGAUUCUAUUGGUAAACUCUCGCGGCAUCCGGAAGUUUGACUGGAAAUCUUUGCAGGAAGCUAGCCCGACGACUCUGGAAUCUAUCGAUGAGCUCCCAGCAGCAACACUCCAGGCACCGCUGCUGCCCGGCCUCGCACAGCUGAGCUUGGAGCGACCGCGCACUCCAGACCCGACAUCCUCCAUCGAGAGGCCGUUCCUCGUGAACGGCGCCCAGGUUGUGUUCGACACUUCCCCGGACGCAGCGAGAGACCGAACGUACAUCUCUGAACGGAAGAUCAUGGUCGCCGAGAUCCCAAACGGCCCCUCUCGGUCGUCGAGCGUUCGGCCGAUCAGGGAGCUCGUCGACCACUGUGUAAACCGCCUCAUCGGGUGCUUCAACGGCCACGUGGUCUUCCUGGACCGGAGCUACUGCUUCUGCACGUGGGACGUCCGAGCUGGCUCGCGGUCGCUGAAGCGGCACUUCUACCUCCCCAAGGACUGGCUCAGCCCCGACAUGUUGAAACUAUGUACUGUAAAUGCGUCACGGGACGGUGCUCUGCCCCAAGAGCGGGGAGAUUGCGGUGAUACGGUCUGGGAUCAAGUUGUGAGGAAUAUGGGUUUUUCCUGGUAUGGGCUGAAGUAG